AUGGCUUCCAAUGAAUGGUGCUAUUCUUCAGAAGAAAGCGAUUCCGCUGAUGCUGUUCUGAACUACAUAGGCCAGAUUCUUAUGAAAGAAGGCCUAGAGAAUGGAACCUGCGUGUUCUCUGAUGCUACUCUUCAAGCUGCUGAAAAAUCCUUUUAUGAUGUACUUGGUGAGAAAUAUCCAUCCUCAAUCAAUCAAACCCCUAGCUUUUGCAAUUGUUAUGGUUGUAAAAACAAUGUCACUGCUAACAACGCUGGUGAAUCCAGCUCGGUUUGUGAUCUUUGUCAGCAUAAAUCCUGUUAUGUUCUAGCUCCACCGGUUGAGUGCACCUAUCAGUCCAACUCAAGCUCCAGUAUGCAGUCGUUUAGCCCUCCAAGCAACUUUUUCAGUACUGUUGGUUAUAGCCAAUCCUUUCUGCCAUGUAAGGAUGCUACAAAGGAAACUUGGGGAUUGCUUCCACAGGAUAAUCGUAUGAAUUUAUUGGUGGAGAAAGGUAAGAAGGAUCAAUCAGCUAGUAGACUGAUGGAAUUGAAAAAACAUCACCAAAAGCAUCAAAUUGAGUGUGAGCCACGAAGGAAAAAUAAGCAUUUGGCAGUAUAUAAUGAAGUACCUGAUGAGCCAUCAGAAAUGUUUGAUAAAGUAUUGCUAUUCAACAAUGAAGCUGAUGAGUCCGCAGUGUAUAAUCCUGAAGCCUCACAAAUUGGACGAGGAAAAGGCUCCAAUUGUGAACCAACCCGCCGGAGAAAACGAGUUAAUAAAAAAGAUUUUGUUGAUCUCAGGACUCUACUUAUGCACUGUGCUGAAGCAAUGGGAAACAACGAUCUCAAGGGUGCAAAUGAAGUGCUACUACAGAUUAGGCUGCACGCUUCUCCUUUUGGUGAUGGGUCUCAAAGGCUAGCUCAUUGCUUUGCUAAUGCCCUUGAGGCACGCUUGGCCGGCACUGGAAGUGAGCUGUAUGGAGCACUGUCUGCAAAGACAAUGUCAUCUAUUCAUAUGUUAAAAGCUUACAGGUUAUUUGUUUCAGCCUGCCCUUUCGUGAGGAUCUCAAAUUUCUUUACAACACAAAUGAUUAUGGACCUGGCAGAGAAAUCAACUAGGCUUCACAUCAUUCAUUUUGGUAUUCUGUAUGGUUUUCAAUGGCCUGCUCUUAUCCAGCGCCUCUCAGAAAGACCCGGCGGGCCUCCUGUGCUACGCAUUACAGGAAUAGACAUUCCUCAACCUGGAUUCCGACCAGCAUCAAUGAUCGAAGAAACAGGCCAGCGCUUAGCAAAUUAUUGUCAGAGAUUUAACGUCCCUUUUGAGUUCAAUGCCAUAGCACAGAGAUGGGAAACUAUCCAAGUCGAUGACCUCAAGAUUAACAAAGAUGAGGUAACAGUUGUUAACUGUUUAUACCGUUUUAGGUACCUACUUGAUGAGACGGUAGUUUUAAGUAGUCCUCGAGACACUGUUUUGAAUUUGAUUAAGAGGAUUAAUCCAGAUGUCUUUUUCCAUGGGAUUGUUAAUGGGGCCUAUAAUGCACCAUUUUUCACUUCAAGGUUCAGGGAGGCACUGUUCUUCUUCUCUGCAGUGUUUGAUAUGCUUGAUGAAAAUGCAUCCCGUGAAGACAAGGAAAGGAUUGUGUUUGAGCAAGAAAUAUAUGGAAAGGAGGUUUUGAAUGUAAUAGCAUGUGAAGGGGCAAAGAGGGUUGAAAGGCCAGAGAUGUACAAGCAGUGGCAGGUAAGGAAUAUGAGGGCUGGGUUGAGGCAACUUCCACUGAACCAGGAGAUUGUCAACAAAGCGAAGGACCAAGUGAAGUUAUGUUACCACAAGGAUUUCUUGGUGGAUGAAGAUAGCCAGUGGUUGGUACAAGGAUGGAAGGGGAGAAUACUCUUUGCUCUCUCAUGUUGGAAGGUUGCCUAA